AUGGUCAAGAUCAACCAGACGGCUCGAAUCUCCCUUACUACGUGUCCCGACUCCAACGUCCGCACUGCGAGACACACUUCAAAAUUCGGCGAUGGACUAAGAGCCGAUAAAGCCUUUCAAUCAUUUCCCGAGCCGUAUCCUCAAAACGAAAAGGAUCUCAUCCCCAGACCUCUCGCACCUUUCCUGCGAUCCCGCGUCCUUCAAGAAGGAACCUUCGGUGUCUCCCAUACCCGUGUGCCUACAGAGUCCCGCCCGGGUCAUGUAGCUUUAAUCGCCGGGUUAUACGAAGAUGUUUCCGCCGUCGCCACCGGCUGGAAACUCAACCCCGUCAAUUUUGAUAGUGUCUUUAACCGAAGUCGUCAUACUUGGAGCUGGGGUAGCCCAGAUAUCUUGCCCAUGUUCGAACAAGGAGCUGUUCCCGGUCGGGUUGAUACAUAUAUGUACGAACCAGAAUUCGAAGAUUUUAGUCAGGACGCCCUUCGCCUUGACUACUGGGUGUUUGACCAUGUUAAGCACUUCUUUGCAGCGGCCGCAACAAACCAGACUCUAAAUAAAGCCCUUCGCCAGGAUAAGAUUAUAUUCUUCCUCCAUCUGCUUGGGCUUGAUACAACUGGGCAUUCCUAUCGACCGUACUCAAAGGAAUACUUAAAUAAUAUUAAAGUGGUGGACCAAGGGGUUAAGGAGAUAACAGAACUUAUCCAGAAGUUUUACGCAGAUGACAGAACAGCAUUUGUAUUUACCGCAGAUCAUGGCAUGAGUGACUGGGGCAGUCACGGUGAUGGUCAUCCAGAUAAUACCCGCACGCCUUUCAUUACGUGGGGUUCCGGUGUGGCCGCUCCUGAGGUGCAUCCUGGUGCUAUUGCCCCUGGACAUGAUAUGUAUUCAUCAGAUUGGGGGCUCGAUCACGUUCGUCGACACGAUAUCAACCAGGCGGACAUCGCCGCCUUAAUGUCCUACUUAAUCGGCGCCGAGUUCCCCGCUAAUUCGGUCGGAGAGCUUCCCCUAUCCUAUCUGGCUGCAGACAAUAGCGAGAAGGCUAAUGCAUCGCUUGUCAAUGCCAAAGGUAUUUUGGAGAUGUAUCGUGUCAAGGAAAGUAACAAGAAGACGAAUGAACUGCGAUUCAAGGCAUACCACGCGUUUGACGGAGAAGGUUCUUCUCCCGAAAACCGCACUGCUGCGAUUGCAAAUCUCAUUGCAAAUGGGCAGUAUGAAGAGGCUAUUGAGGAGUCAAAUACCCUCAUACAAGUAACGCUGCAAGGCCUGCGCUAUCUCCAAACUUAUGACUGGCUGUUUCUUCGCGCCCUUAUUACCAUGGGUUAUCUUGGCUGGAUGGCGUAUGCCAUAACCACAGUGGUAGACAUGUUUGUCGUCCACGAGGUAAUAGCAGCGCAAAGGACUCCUUUGGGGACCGCCACCUUUUUAGGAGUUCUGUUUGCUCUUUAUGCGUCGUUCAUUAUUUCCAAAUCACCCCUCACCUACUAUUUAUAUGCCUUCUUUCCUGUCGUAUUCUGGGAAGAAGUUUAUGCCCAUAGACAAAGUCUUUACCGUGGAAGAUUGAUAUUAUUUGGCCACAUCCAGUCCGCAGGAGGCGCGGCGAGCCUCUUUCUUCAUGCCGUUUUUUACAUUGCUGUCAUACAAUCUCUGGCUGUUGGAUAUAUCUAUCGAGAGGUACUGACCGGAUUAUUUGUCCUGGCAGCGGCUUGGCCUUUCAUGUAUGGCCUGUCCUUCAUACAAUACCAUGCAUUGCUCAGCAUGACAUGGGCGGCUUCAUGCCUGACAAUGAGCACAUUCACGUUGCUUCCAGCCAUGAAAGUUGAAAGCAUUGGUCUAGUCCUUGCUGGUGGCUUUGCCAUGUUUCUCGUUGGCUUUCUUUACCUGAUUCUCGAAGACAUCGGACUCGCCGAUUUUACGUGGGCUGUCAACUCAAAUCCUUCACUUAAAAAGACGAACAAGAAUAUUCAGCGAACAUUAACUGGCAUCCAGGUGGGACUUAUUCUCUUGUCCAUGCUUGUCACGCGGUCUAGCGCCUUAUCCCUUCAAGCUAAGCGAGGCCUCCCAGUCGGCAAUCAAGUUCUUGGAUGGGCUAUCCUCAGUACGUUAUUUGUGGAACGCAAUUGA